GAGAGCGUGCGAGAACUGAGUCCCUCGCCAGCGUCCCCAUGCCUUGGAACCCGUUCACGGCCUGGUACCGGCGGAUGUCAGUCAUCUACGGGCUUGGCGCCUGGUCUCUGUUGGGCUCACUGGUUUACGUAGGCCAGAAAAUGAUGAAGUCGUCAGGUGAUGAAGUAGACCAAAAGCAUGGCUCAACAAGUGAAAUGCUCAGUGAACCAUCUGAAGCCCCAAAAGGAUUUUAUGUGGAAACAAUUGUCACAUAUAAAGAAAAUUUUGUUCCAAUUACGGAAAAGAUCCACAGCUAUUGGAAAUCAUGGAAUAGUGGCCGUGGAACAGAACCAUAAUUGGCUGCUGAAUUCCAAAAAUCAGGACUUGGUUUAACAUUUGAAUUUGAUAGAUGUCUUGAUUCCCAUUUUAUGUUUGUGAAAAGUGCAUGUAUUUAAAUUUUUUGUAAAACAUAAUCACUGAUAA